AUGCGCCGCGUCCUCCGGCUGCUGCUCGGCUGCUUCCUCACCGAGCUGUGCGCCCGCGUGUGCCGGGCGCAGGAGCGAGCGGGGCACGGGCAGCUGGCGCAACUGGGCGGCGUGCUGGUGCUGACGGGGGGCAACCGCUCCGGGGCCGCCUCGGGAGAGGCCGGCGAGGGCGCGGGGGUCUCGGACGCGCCCCCGACCCGGGCGCCCACGCCGGACUUCUGCCGCGGCUACUUCGAUGUCAUGGGCCAGUGGGACCCGCCGUUCAACUGCAGCUCGGGCGACUUCAUCUUCUGCUGCGGGACUUGUGGCUUCCGGUUCUGCUGCACGUUUAAGAAGCGGCGGCUGAACCAGAGCACCUGCACCAACUACGACACGCCGCUCUGGCUCAACACCGGCAAGCCCCCGGCGCGCAAGGACGACCCCCUGCACGACCCCACCAAGGACAAGACCAACCUGAUCGUCUACAUCAUCUGCGGGGUGGUGGCUGUCAUGGUGCUGGUGGGCAUCUUCACCAAACUGGGGCUGGAGAAGGCGCACCGGCCCCAGAGGGAGCACAUGUCCAGGGCCCUUGCAGAUGUCAUGAGACCACAGGGGCACUGCAACACUGACCACAUGGAGAGAGACCUUAACAUUGUUGUCCACGUCCAGCACUACGAGAACAUGGAUACGAGAACCCCCAUAAAUAAUCUACACACCACGCAGAUGAACAACGCCGUGCCCACCUCCCCUCUGCUCCAGCAGAUGGGCCACCCGCAUUCGUACCCCAACCUGGGACAGAUCUCCAAUCCCUACGAGCAGCAGCCACCGGGCAAAGAGCUCAACAAGUACGCCUCCUUAAAGGCAGUCGGGAGUUCUGAGGGUGACUGGACAGUGGCGACACUUAAGUCACCGAAAGCUGACAAAGUCAAUGACGACUUCUAUUCCAAGCGACGGCACCUGGCAGAGCUGGCCGCCAAGGGGAACCUCCCUCUGCACCCCGUGAGAGUGGAGGAUGAGCCUCGGGCCUUCAGCCCUGAGCACGGCCCCACCAAGCAGAAUGGACAGAAGUCCCGCACCAACAAGAUGCCCCCACACCCCCUGGCCUACAACGCCACCACCAACUUUAAGGGCUGGGACCCCAACGAGCAGUCUCUCCGGCGGCAGGCCUAUGGCAACAAGAGCAAGCUUGGCACGGCCGAGUCGGGCUCCAGCGACCCCUUGGGGACUCGCACCCAGCACUACCCACCCCCACAGCCAUACUUCAUCACCAACAGCAAAACAGAAGUGACUGUCUGA